UGAUGAUUUAAAACAUUACCGAAACCUCUUUCCUUGGCUCUUUGAUUUGAUAUAGCCUAUAGGAGCUAACACGACUUUUAUCAAUAACGGCAGCAUAGAAACGGUGACGACACUUACAAUGUCCGCUCUCAUUGGGAUGGCGGUGUCUUCUGGCACAAGACUUGUGCUCCAGUCCACAGGUGAAAAAUGCUGACAGCAAACGAGCAUCUUGUUGAGGCUUCGUAGCGAAAUUGAGAGCCAGUAGUACCCACUCUUCCGUCUGUCCCGUUGCAGCGGCUUGAGGCGUUGUGAGUGACGCUGAGACUAGCGGUUAGCGAAAUGUCGUUUUUCAUGGUAGCUGCUACAAUAACAAUGUCGCUGUAGCUUGGUUAAUAUUCAGGUCAGUUAUGUAAAUGGAACACUGUUGCCGUUUUUUUGAGGGUGUUUUGUUAGAGCUUUAGCAUGAAGAUAGCUACCUCCAAUGACGUGCAAUGUUAGCGGGCUCAUACUAACUCGCUUCCUCUCGUUAGAACGCACAUAAAAGGGAAGGAAAUGUGUGUUCAUGUUUCACUUAAGAAAUGUAAAUGAUGGGCAAAAUUCCAAAAAGUAGUGCAGUUUUCCUUUAAAACGUACUAUUGUGCUAUAAAAACAAACAUUUAUCGUAGAGAGACUGCCAUGCUAGCACACAUGUACUGUAAUAUACUGUGUAUACUGUAGUAGGGCCGCAGUGAUACAGAACAUUCACAAUUUGGUUCAAUUCCAUAUUUCAGUGUCACGGUUCGAUAUCUUUUCAAUGGAAAAAUGACAUUUUAGUGCCUUUUUUGAACCUGUAUUUCAUUGAAGUGACCAACAUUUGUUUCAACUCAGUGGUGUAGUUUAAAUAAAUUCGGCUAAACGUAUGUGGUGCAGCUACAGUAUACCUGCCUCAUGUCUGGUGUGCGUACUUAGACGUUAGAACCAUAUACAACACAAACAGCACCCUGUAAAAUGAAUAAUAACAUACAUUAAAAACAAUUCAAUUCAACAUGGCAAUACAGAUCAUUUUAUGUUUAGGUAAUUUUAUUACCCGGAAAAAUGCAGUUUUGCGUGCCGCUUGAGACGGCAUCUGCUGCCAGUCACAAUAGGAGGAUUUCAUCUUUGCCGUGGAGGAGCAACAGCGAAUCGGGAGGGGGCUUCGAUGUCACCCGCCUGGUGUUAUUGGUUUACAGUAUUGUUUGAUUCAUAGUGGUAUCGACUGGUUCGAUACAGAUACAUGUACUGUUGCACCCCUAAUAGAUAUGUCCUCAAUAAUCAUUAGAUCAUAGUUAAGACUAGUUGAGAUGGAAUCAGCAACAACAGCGCCUCUGCUGGUUGCAGCCAAGUAGUGCGCUCCCAAUUUUGCCUCCAUUGCUUCAAGACAAGGAUUCUCGAAUACCCAACCAUAUGUUUGCAGCUGAUCCAAUCCAGAAGUCUUCCCUCCUUCCCGGAAUAUCACAGACCAGGAGAUCCAUCACCUCCAAGUGCACUCCCCCGUAUGUCAUCCUAACCCCCCCAUCCUUUCUUUGACCCUCUGCCAGGGUGCUAAAAACACCCAUCACCACAAAGCCGCCUCCUCUUCCUCCUACCACAAACCCCCUCCCAUGCCCAUCCCGCCCCGUCCCGUCCCGCAACCCCCAGCCAUGACCCACUUUGGAGGGGAUGAGGAUGGGGUAAGCGAGGGCCAUUGUGAGCGCCACAAGACGCUCUGCCUCCUUCAUCCCCGCCGCCUUUCAGGAGGAGAUUGCACUCGGGUGGGCACGCGUGCUCUUCACGGAAUGACGGACAGACUUCUUCUUUUUUUUGCCCCCAUACGUGUAGCUUGUCUGCUCAUUUACUGAGUCACGUUAACGGGGGCGGGCGGGGGACACACGAUGGGCCUUUUUGCCGGGCCGGUGGAAGAGUGAAGUCUGUGAGCAGUUGAGAGAGGGACACUGUCUGCCCCACUGUCCAGCGACACCAUGAGCUGGAGCUUCCUCACGCGGCUGCUGGAGGAGAUCCACAACCACUCCACCUUCGUGGGGAAGCUGUGGCUCACCGUGCUCAUCGUUUUCCGCAUCGUCCUCACAGCCGUCGGGGGAGAGUCCAUCUACUACGACGAGCAGAGCAAGUUCGUGUGCAACUCGGGACAGCCGGGCUGCGAGAACGUCUGCUACGACGCCUUCGCCCCGCUCUCACACGUCCGCUUUUGGGUCUUCCAGAUCAUCCUGGUGGCCAUGCCGUCUCUCAUGUACAUGGGCUACGCCAUCAACAAGAUUGCACGAUUGGACGAAGCCAAGGGAGGAGCCGGUUCUGCGGCCGUGAGAACCGCAGGAGCGGGCUACACGCACAGGAAGCCCAGGAAAAUCUGCUUCGGGGCACGGCAGCACCGGGGAAUCGAGGAGACCGAGGAGGACCACGAGGACGAUCCCAUGAUCUACGAGGUCCCGGAGAUCGAGCCACCGAAAAGACCUCGGGAUCCACUGCAGCCCACACCCAGACCUAAGAUCCGCCAUGACGGUCGCAAGCGUAUCCGGGAUGAGGGUCUGAUGCGGGUCUACGUUCUGCAGCUCGUGACACGCACAGUUCUGGAGGCAGGCUUCUUGACGGGCCAGUACUUGCUGUACGGCUUCCGCGUGACGCCGGUGUUCGUGUGCUCGGGGAAACCUUGCCCCCACAGCGUGGACUGUUUUGUGUCUCGGCCCACCGAGAAAACCAUCUUCCUGCGCAUCAUGUAUGGCGUCACCGUGCUCUGCCUCACGCUCAACGUCUGGGAGAUGCUCCACUUGGGCAUCGGGUCUAUCUGUGACAUUCUGCGUCGCCGCCGAUGCCCACCUCAGGACGACGAGUACCAGCUGGGCCUGCUGGGCACCAACGUGGGCGGGGAGGGGUCGGUCGGAGGGGCUGGCCCGGAGGCAGGUUCUGAAGGCGGGGACGGCGGAGAUGGACCUGCCGAUUAUGUCGGCUACCCGUUCUCGUGGAACACGCCAUCAGCGCCGCCGGGCUACAACAUUGUGGUGAAACCCGAGCAGAUGCCGUACACCGACCUCAGCAACGCCAAGAUGGCGUGCAAGCAGAACCGGGCCAACAUCGCCCAGGAGGAGCAGCAGCAGUUCGGCAGCAACGAGGACAACUUCCCCACGGGGGGCGAGGCCCGCGUGGCCCUCAACAAGGACAUGAUCCAGCAGGCCCAUGAGCAGCUGGAGGCCGCCAUCCAGGCCUACAGUCAGCAGCACCGGGCCGAGGAGACGCUGGGGGACAGCCAGGACGACAAGCCCCAGAGUAACAUCAUCAUCCAGACGCAGCCGCAGCCGCAGCCUCAGAAGGAGCGCAAGCACAGACUCAAGCACGGCAAAGGAGGCAGCAGUGGCGGCGGCAGCAGCAGCAACAGCAGCAGCAGCAAAUCAGGGGAGGGCAAGCCCUCGGUAUGGAUUUAACCCCGCCCCCGCCAUGCAGUGCGGUGUACAUACCAGCACGCACAUUCAAACACCGCCGUGCCUUCCUGAAUCCUGCAAGCUGGACAAGAUUGGCGCUUUGUCUGGGCGGUCGCGGUCAAACUUGAAAAAAAGGAGACUGUCUGUGUCGUACCCCACGGGUCCUAACGCCACCCAUCGUCUGCCUUGUUGAACGGGAACACACCAUCUGGCUCAUUUCCUUUGCAAAGACUCCCCAGUUGCAAAAAGCGAUGAAAUGCAAUAAGAGAAAUGACUUCCUGUUGAAAUGAGAGGAUUGCCGUCCUGUCGGUCAGCGUCCCGUCUCACCUUACUGUGACUCUGUGUGUGUGUGUGUGUGUGUGUGUGUGUGUGCGCGUGUUUUGACAGGAGUGCUACUCCCGCCGCUGCUGCUCGGCCCUUUUUUGUUGUUGUUGUUGUUGUUGUUGUUGUUGUUCCCGUGUCCCAAAAGAACAUGGUGCAUCCUCAACUUUAACGUUGAGCUUCUCACUGUUGUUGAGCCGUGGCUGCCCCCUGGUGGGCGCCGUGCUUACUGCAACAUACACGAACACACACGCUUCCUGCAUCCAGCAGCUGUGAUGGAUGGAUCUUAAAGUCUUCCCGUUUGGUGACCAAGGUUCAAAGCCAUUUUUUUAAACUAUGAGACCAAACACUGUUGGUGUGUCAGUGCCAAGAUUUUAAGAUGUUACGCUCGUGCGAGUGAAGCUUUGGAAUGCCGAGGCCAUGUUUAAAACGCCUACGCGGUGGUGACCAACCCUUUUGUAAAACUCACUGUAUUGUAUUGCUUUUCAGAAUCUGGAUUUUAUUUGAGUCUUUAUACGAAAAUAUGCCUUUUUGCCCUUUUUUUUUUUUUUUUUUAGCAGAAACUGUUUUAAAAAGGAAUAAACUGUGUGGGUAUUUAUGGUGUUUUAAAUGGCCUUUCAAGUGUUAUUUAAAUAAAAUAAUAAUGUGAAAUUAUAUAGUAUAUUUUUAUAAUCAAAAGAAAAAGGCAGACUUGUUCAACAGGGGCUAAAAGGUGACCCUCCCCAGUGCCACAUUGCCAGAAUGAACCCAAACGAGCUUGUGUUUGCAUAGUGGAAACACUCGGGUGAGUGCUAAAGCAGGCUGCACCCAACACACACGAGGCUGAUCCCACUUAGGAAACCAUCCGGUCCUGUUUGAGUGCAAACAAAGCAUAGAGAGAAGCAGGUGAUGCAAACAAGAGUGUAGCUUCCUCUUCAAGAAAGGUGCACGCUCCAAAACUUAGGGGUGAGAUUUGUGUCUGUUGUCGUGGAAACGGGGUCAGCUAUCCGGGUCGAAUGAAUGACCCUGAAGUUGUUAUUUAUUGGUGGCAUUUGUGUUUAUCCCCCCCACCCUUCUCGUUCAUCCGCUGGGUGACAAAGAAAGAAAGGAAAUGUGUCCAACACUCUAAAAAGUUCAACCUGUUCGCAGGAGAAUUUUAGCAGCGUGUGAAAAGUUACAGGCGGUCUUACUUUCACUGUGUAAUCGUCCUUUCAUUGACUGUCAGCAAAUCUCACGGGAUUUCAGUCCAUCUCAUGAGACUUCAGUGUGUUUUGUAUGUUUUCAUACAAGGGCGCUUGUGGGAAAAUGAUGAUGAUGAUGAUGAUAGCCACAGAACAGGAAAUGAAACUGAUUGCAAAUUGACGUCACCAUAUCGCUUGAGACCUCGGUGUGUUCCGCCUUUGCUCUUUUUUUGGCUUUUUUGUGAUUUUUUUUUUCUGACAACAAUAGAGCAGGAAAUGGAGCCUAUCGCAACGCAGGACAUCGUACGCUAAAUAAGCACUGUGCGACAAACAAAUUGGAGGAUGUUACCCAGACACGGAAUAUGCAAUCGGCUAAUUAAAGUUAAAGCAAAGUAAAGUAAAGUAAUUCAAGUUAAAAUCAUGAAUUUCAAUAAAUUAGUAAUUGAAAUAUUUAUUUAUUUACUUGAAACCCUGACGUACAUUAAGGUAGCGGGGUGAUUCACGACGUAGCCAAGCUAAUAGACAACAGAAAAAGCAGAGGACAAAAUCAUGUAAAGUAUGUGAAAAUGGUGUUUUAAACAAAAAAAGAACAUAAGUAAAAUACUAAAGCCACUAAAGUAAAUGAUUAAGAGCUACUAUAGGAACGAAAACUGUAUUCACACAUUGGCUUUGUUUACCAUCAGUCAUCGUUUCACCAGACAAACAUGACCUCAAUUGCCUGAAGUAUCAAAAGUAUUGAUAUUUUCAUUUUGUGAAUCGAUUUUUAGAGCAUGAAAAGCUAGCUGGUGUCAGAAGUAUUGAUAUUUAUGUAUUGAAAUGGAGUGCACUACUUGGUUGUGGCCAGCAGGGGCGCUGUUGCUCAUUCGGUCUCAACUAGUCGUGACGUCAGCGAUGGGAAGUUGCACUACAGCCACUUAAAAAGAAUCUUGAUUCCUAUUUCAUGCAUGUUGUUUUAAUUUACACACGCUUUUUGUACAUCAUCCUCGUGAGAACAGGCUGAAGAUAAAUGGUGAUCCUUUUCUCAGAUCAGAUUAGCGAUAAGGCCCUCCACGCCUCCCAACUAUGCCACAUUUCAGGGGAAGCACCUGUUGCGCUUCCAUGUUGUCACAAAGAUGUCAGUGCCAACGUACAUGACAGAAACGAUGCAAGGUGCGGUUUGGCUACCAAAGCAAUAUUGUCCCGUGUUUAUCUUGUGUAGCCGGCGUUGACAAAAGCGCGACAAGGCUGAGUUGGGGCAGCUUGUCUGCUGAACAAUGAGGUGUGUUGUUAGGACGCCGGGCUGCGUUGUUUCUCCCUUACAUGUGAAGAUAGUCGCCCGUGUGACCAUUCAUUCAAAGAAAACAAAAAGUGAUGUGUUUUUUCUAUGCCUUUAAAAAUACAUGUAAAUCCAUUUGAUCACAGGUAUUUUUUUUUUUUUUUUUACAUUCUGUCAUGGGUAAAAAUUGGAGUUGCAUGUUAAAAGACCUAUUUUCGUAAAAAAAAUAAUAAAUUGAAAUUGCCUAAGAAAUAAUUGUGCGUUUGCUUUUGUCACGUUGGCGUUCCUUCCGUUUUUUGUGGGGGUAUUUCAAUUAUUUUAGAGGAAAAAAUAUUUAAUGGAAACAAAUAUGCCUCAAAAACAUUUAGUUUGUGACGGGUGCCAGAGAUGGCUCAGACGAAAACAAACAAUAUUGCUCAGUAAUGCUCAACACAACAUGGCUAAUACGUUGACAUCAUUCGUACUUGGAGAUCAUCAUU